AUGAUUAUCUCCAAGUUGCGAGCGUCAGUACGUCCCCCUGUUCGUCUCCGAAAAAUUGGAAAGAAGCGGUUGGACUGUGCCCGGCUUGAAGCAGACGAGGCCCGGAACAGCCUUCGAUCCUCCAUUGCAGGGAAGCUCCAGGAAAUCGACCCCUUCCUGAGCCCUGAAGGCAGUGUUGAUGACAACUGGACCUGCCUUAGCUCAAAGCUCUAUGAGGCUGCAGCCGAGUCUAUUGGCUACCGCCGUAGGAGGCAUCAGGACUGGUUCGACGAAAAUUCAGAAUCCAUCAGAACCAAACUGGACACCAUGCACAAGGCCCAUAACGCAGCCCUGAACAACCCUACAUCCGUCAGGCUAAAGCAGCACUGGAGAACAUCAAGGAAGGAGGUACAGUCUGUUCUACGAAAACUGAAAAAUGACUGGUGGACUGACAAGGCUCAAGAAAUUGAACAUUUUGCAGUGAAGAACGACAUGCACAACUUCUAUAAUGCUGUGAAAACCAUCCAUGGCCCCAGGAACUCCUCUCUCUCACCGGUGAAGUCGGCUGAUGGCUCAACCCUCAUAAAGGACCAGAAACAAGUUGUGGAUAGAUGGGCGGAACACUUCCAGACACUUUUAAACCAACCUGCCACCCCUGAUCUGGCAGUGCUGGAUGAGCUGCCCAGCUACCAAACUAUUGAAGAACUGGAUCUUCCACCAACCUUCUCUGAAGUCCUGGCUGCAAUUAGGUCACUUAAGAACAACAAGACCCCUGGCCCGGAUGGCAUCCCUGCAGAGAUCCUUAAACAGGGAGGCUAUCUCUGUACCAGAGCAAUUUUCCAUUAUAUUGCUGAUAUAUGGAAGCGCGGAGCAGUCCCCCAGCAAUGGCGGGAUGCAAAUGUUGUGACCAUAUAUAAAGGGAAGGGUGAGAAGUCUGUCUGUGGCAAUAGUAGAGGAAUAUCCCUCCUGUCUGCUGCCGGCAAGGUUCUAGCCAAAGUGAUGCUGUCAAGACUCAUACAGAGCAUAACGGAACACCUGUUGCCUGAGUCUCAAUGUGGCUUCAGGAAAAAUCGCAGCACUGUGGAUAUGAUCUUCACAACACGCCAGCUACAAGAGAAGUGUCGGGAACAACAUCAAGAUCUAUACAUGGCGUUUGUGGACCUAUCAAAGGCUUUUGAUACGGUCAACAGAGACUUGCUCUGGGCGGUCCUUCUCAGGGUUGGUUGCCCGCGGAAGUUUGUAAACAUCCUGCAAAGUUUCCACGAGGGGAUGAUGGCUCAGGUGACAACAGGAGGACAUGAGUCUAGGCCUUUCAAGGUAUCCACAGGUGUCAGACAGGGCUGUGUGCUUGCACCUGUACUAUUCAACAUCUUCCUCAUGAGUGUCACCUGGCUACUGCACAAAGAAGUUGAGGGGAGCAGUGGUGUGCUGGUGGAUUACAGGUUGGAUGGAAGCUUAUUUAACAUCAGAAGGCUGCAGGCGGCUACCAAGGUCAAAACUGUGAACAUCGUGGAAUUACAGUAUGCUGAUGAUUGUGCCUUCGUGGCACAUACAUCAGAGGCUUUGCAGGCGACGUUAACAGCUGCUGUGAAGGCCUAUAGUAGACUGGGUCUCACUGUGAACACUGUAAAGACGGAAGUACUGUGCCAGUGGAACUCCCCUCCGCCAACUCGACCACCAUCACCUGUCUUUAACAUCGAUGACAAGCCCCUAGCAAUAGUCCCAGACUUCAAAUAUCUUGGGAGCAUCCUCUCCGAAAACUGCAGCAUGGACAAUGAUGUUCAAAAUCGAAUCAGGUCUGCCUCAGCCUCCUUUGGUAGACUGCGUAAGAGGGUGUAUGUGAACAAAGACCUCAGCAUACGUACCAAGGUGGCAGUCUACCAAGCCAUCUGUGUCUCCACACUAUUAUAUGGCUGUGAAGCUUGGACCCUGUAUCGCCGCCACAUCCAACAGCUGGAGAACUUUCACAUCAAGUGUCUCCAGCGGAUCCUUGGGCUGACAUGGCGUGAUCGUGUACCACACACGGAAGUCCUGAGUAAAACUGGUACCAAGAGCAUGGAGGCCACUUUUCUCCAGUACCAACUGCGAUGGGCCGGCCACACCAUCAGAAUGUCAGUUGAUAGACUUCCGCGACAACUGCUGUAUGGACAACUUCAUCAUGGCCAGAGAUCUGCAGGUGGCCAAAAGCGGAGAUAUAAGGACCAACUGAAAAUAACUCUCAAGAGGUGUGGAAUACAGCACACACAGCUGGAAAGCUCUGCCUCAGAUCGCCCUCUCUGGAGGCAACUCUGCCAUGCAGGCCUUCAACAUUUUGAAGAGGAGAGAAGCGCAGCGAGGGAAGGGAAACGCCAGAGGAGGAAGAUGGGCCCUGCAGCCAAGACCACAACAAACACUAACUUCAUAUGCCCCCAUUGCAAUAGACCAUGUGGCUCUCGUAUUGGACUUUUUAGUCACCUCAAAACUCACCAAUAGAAGAAGUGGAAGUCAUCAUCGGAUACGAUGGACUACCAUAAGCAAGUGUGGUGUCAGACCACCUCAGACAAGCGCAGGUGAAGGUGAUCUCUCAGUCUGACUGCUCCCACCCGAGUGUAUACGGCUUGCACUUGACAUCUCGGAUGAUCUGUGCCGGUUCCUUGGAGGGUGGAGUGGAUUCCUGCCAGGGCGACAGCGGGGGUCCUUUGGUGUGC